AUGUCUAUCCAGUUUCCACGUCCAGUACCAUGGAGGAACAACAGCAUGACUCUACCGCAAAAAGAGAAUCCAUUAUCAGAGCAAGGAGAAACUAUCAUAGGAAUCUAUUUGCUAUCAUUAGGCUGGAUGUCUUGGUUUGGCAACAGCAUUGUAAUCUUUAUAUUAUACAAGCAGAGAACCAACUUGCUGCCCAUCGAUUAUCUUACAUUUAACUUGGCAGUAUCUGAUGCCAGUAUAUCUGUAUUUGGCUACUCUAGAGGAAUCAUAGAGAUCUUCAAUGUCUUUAGAGAUGAUGGUUUCCUUAUUACCUCAAUAUGGACAUGCCAGGUUGAUGGUUUUCUUACUCUACUAUUUGGUUUGGCCAGUAUAAACACGCUAACUCUUAUCAGUGUAACUCGCUAUAUUAAAGGCUGCCAUCCUCAAAGAGCUAACUGCAUCAGCAAAGGCAGUAUCACCGUGUCCCUGGUACUUAUAUGGAUUGCAGCUUUGUUUUGGUCAGCAGCUCCUCUUCUAGGUUGGGGAAGCUAUAGAGAUCGUUUGUAUGGAACAUGUGAAAUUGACUGGACCAAAGCCAGUUUCUCCACUAUAUACAAGUCAUUUAUUAUAUCCAUAUUUAUUUGCUGUUUCUUCCUGCCUAUAAUGGUCAUGGUUUUUUGCUAUGUUUCUAUAAUCAACACUGUUAAAUCAAGUCGUGCUUUAACUACUGAAGGAAGUUCAUCAGACAGACAAAGGAAGAUGGAACGAGAUGUAACCAGGGUUUCCAUUGUCAUUUGCACAGCUUUUAUAAUUGCCUGGUCUCCUUAUGCUGUGAUAUCUAUGUGGUCGGCAUGCGGAUAUUAUAUCCCAAAUCUAACUAGUAUACUAGCAGCUCUGUUUGCAAAAUCUGCCAGUUUCUACAACCCUCUGAUUUACUUUGGGAUGAGCUCUAAGUUCCGAAAGGAUCUCAGCAUCUUGCUUCCAUGCACAAAGGCAAGUGGUAAGGACCCUGUCAAACUCAAACGUUUCAAACGUUUAAAACAUAAACAAGACCCAGGUGCUCAUUUCAAAGAACAAAAACACAUUCAGCAUGCAGAAGAAGCAGCACAGGUAGCACCAAGUCAAGACUCUGGGGUGGGAAGUCCCAGCAAUACCCCUCCACUUGAAAUGAAAGAUGUCUAUACCUGCCGCUUAAAUAUAGAACCUGAAAACCCAAGCUAUCAGUGUGAUCGGUUGUAA